CUCUCUCUUUCCCUCUCUCCCUUCCCCUCCACCUCCUUCCUCUCAUACCCUUCUCCCUCCCUUCAUUUUGAACCUCCCUCCACCCUUCCUCUCCCUCCACAUCACCUCCAUAUCGCCCAUCGCCCAUCGCCCAUCGACCUUUCGUCCCGUCUCCCACAAGCGACCGCAACCAUGGCCGAGGAAGCCUCCAAAGGCCAGUUUUAUGGCACCCAAUCCGAUGCGCAUUUCGCCGAAAAUGAUGUCCACCGUCGCAACUCAGGCAAGGUCAAGGCAGGCAACCUCGAAGAGUCUGAUCGACACUCUGCCGACGACCUUCUGGCUGCCAUGGGUUACAAGUCUGAACUCGUGAGAUCGCGCUCCACCCUCCAGGUCGCCUUCAUGUCGUUCGUCCUCGCCUCUAUCCCAUACGGUCUCUCUACCACCCUUGUCUACCCCGUCAUUGCCAGCGGCCCCGUUGGUAUUAUCUGGGGAUGGGUCCUCGUUUCCCUCAUCAUUCUCUGCGUCGCUGCGUCCCUUGGUGAAAUCACCUCCGUCUACCCCACAUCCGGUGGUGUCUACUACCAGACCUUCAUGCUUGCACCUGCCUCCUACCGUAGGAUCAUAUCCUGGAUCUGCGGAUGGGCCUUCGUCGUUGGCAACAUCACCAUUACCCUCGCCGUGAACUUCGCCACUGCUCUGUUCUUGGGCGCCUGCCUCAACGUCUUUGGCGAUCCCGAGGUUGGAAUCUUCGCAGCCGAGCCCUACCAGGUGUAUCUUAUUUUCUUGGGAAUUACUCUGUUGACCAAUGCCAUCUCUGCGCUCGGAAACAAGUGGUUGCCCUGGUUGGAUACCUUUGCCAUCUUUUGGACUUUCGCUGGAUUGAUCUGCAUCAUUGUGUGCAUCCUUGCCAUUGCUAAGAAUGGUCGCCACGACGCCGCCUAUGUUUUUGGUGAAUUUGACGCGAGCAACUCGGGCUGGACCCCUGGUUGGUCUUUCUGUGUCGGUCUCCUCCACGCCGCCUACGCAACCUCGUCUACCGGAAUGAUCAUCUCGAUGUGCGAAGAAGUCCAACAGCCUGCCACCCAGGUGCCCAAGGCUAUGGUCGCUACCAUCGUUAUCAACACUCUUGCUGGUCUCGCUUUCUUGAUCCCACUUGUAUUCGUCAUGCCCGACCAAGCCAUGCUCGCCGCGCUCGCCUCGGGCCAGCCCGUUCCCAUCAUCAUCAAGAGUGCCGUCGGCUCGGCCGGUGGAACUUUCGCCUUGCUCGUGCCCUUGCUCGUUCUCGGUCUUCUCUGCGGUGUCGCUUGCACUACCGCUGCCUCGCGAUGCACUUGGGCCUUCGCACGUGACGGUGCCAUUCCCGGAUCUCAGUGGUGGAAGACCGUCAACGUCAAACUUGAUGUGCCUUUGAACGCAAUGAUGCUCAGCAUGGCUGUCCAGCUCAUUCUGGGUUUGAUCUACUUCGGUAGCUCUGCCGCUUUCAACGCCUUCUCUGGUGUUGGUGUCAUUUGCUUGACCUUGAGCUAUGCCUGCCCGAUUGCCGUGUCUCUGGUCAACAAGCGCGAGGCUCUUCGCGAGGGCAACUUUUUCCUCGGAAAGUUGGGUGUCUUCUGCAACGUCAUUUCUCUCGCGUGGUCUGCCCUUGCCAUCCCUCUUUUCUGUAUGCCGACAUCCAUCCCCGUCGUUGCAGAGUUCAUGAACUACGCUUCCGUCGUCUUCGCCGCUUUCUUCCUCGUCGCCACCGUGUGGUACUUCGUCUGGGGCAAGAAGAACUACCAGGGCCCUCCCGUCCACGAGGACGCAGCCCUGCAGGAGGUGCGCCGCGCCAGUGUGGCCAGCCACCACUCCAAGUAGAGUCUCUCUCCGGAGAUUUUCUAUCUGCCUCAGAUCGUUGUUUAUUCUCCUUUUCUCCCAAUUUUCAAAAAGCCACCAGGUGGUCAAUCUUCGCGGCCGUGUGUUUUCCCAUCCCAAACGUUUGAGAAACCGCGCCAGCAUGAUUAUUUGAAAAUACUAUAUAUCCAAUUUUUUACAUAUAUAUACAACAUCACCUCCCCCUUAUCGCGACGUAUGUCUUUCUGCACGACCUGUAUAUAUGAUCAUGUGUACACACGUACUCUCCAGAAUACCCCAAAAAUGUUUCCAUUCUUAU